GGGAGGGAGGGAGGAGGAUCGGGGGGAGAGGGGUGAGAGAGGAGGUGACUCUCCGGCAGCAGUUAGACACAACGAAAGGAUCAUGGCGGAUGGCCCCAGGUGUAAGCGCAGAAAGCAGGCAAACCCGAGGAGGAACAGCGUAACCCACUACAGUAAUGUGGUGGAGGCGGGAUCAGAGUCAGACGACGAGGACAAGCUGCACAUCGUGGAGGAGGAAGGCAGCCUGGCGGAUGGCGCUGAUUGUGACAGCACUCUGCCAGACGACGAGCACCCCAGGGAGCCCUGCUGGGACCGAGUGAGGGAGGAUUGUGUUUCGGACGGUGACGAUGAUGUCAGUACAGACGCCCUGAUGGAGGAGAUGCUUCAGCAAGGAGACACAGCCGUCAUCUUCCCUGAAGCCCCAGAGGAUGAACCACAACGCCAGGGCACGCCUGAGGCCAAUGUCCAUGAUGAUAAUGGAACUCCUGAUGCAUUUUCUCAGCUGCUCACCUGCCCAUACUGCGCACGUGGUUACAAGCGCUACAGCUCCCUGAAGGAGCACAUCAAGUACCGCCACGAGAAGAACGAAGACAACUUCAGCUGUUCCCAGUGCAGCUACACCUUUGCAUACCGAACUCAACUGGAGAGACACAUGACAGCCCACAAGGCCGGCCGCGAUCAGAGACACAUCACACAGUCGGGAGGCAAUCGGAAAUUCAAGUGCACCGAAUGUGGCAAGGCAUUUAAAUACAAGCACCAUCUGAAGGAGCACCUUCGCAUCCACAGUGGAGAGAAACCUUACGAGUGCUCCAACUGCAAGAAGCGCUUCUCCCACUCUGGCUCAUACAGCUCACACAUUAGCAGUAAGAAGUGCAUCAGUGUCAUCUCAGUCAAUGGUAGACCACGCAGGAAACACAAGACCCAAACUCAGGGUGCAUCACCAGCCCUCCCUGCAUCUCACUCUGUCCUCCGCACCCAGAUUAGGGAAAAGCUGGAGCACAACAAGCCCCUGCAAGAGCAGGCGCCGCUCAAACACAUCAAGAGUGAGCCUGUGGACUAUGAGUACAAGCCUACAGUUGUAAUGUCCUCAGCUGUGACUUCCAUGAAUGGUGGGGUUUUCAAUGGGGGCGCUGCAGCUCCCUUGCAAGGGACAGUGCAAGCUGUGGUCCUGCCCACCGUGGGGCUGGUAAUCUCCAUCAGUAUCAAUCUGGAAGACCUGCAAAAUGCUCUCAAAGUGGCUGUGGACGGGAACGUAAUUCGCCAGGUGCUGGAAAGCAAUACCAAAGGUCAGGGACAGGUGAACUCAGGGUUAACCACUGGAUUGCUUCAUCCUCCCCAGCAGCAAGUCAUCUCAGCCAUUAGUCUGCCUAUUGUGGGCCAGGACGGCAAUGCAAAGAUCAUUAUAAAUUAUAGUUUGGAACCUAACCAGGCCCAGUUCACAGCUCAAAAUCUGAAGAAGGAGCCCCAGCCAAUCACACCAGAUCAGACCACCAAUGAGAUCCUGAAGUCUCAGAAACUCCCAGAAGAUCUUACCUUUAGAAGUACCAAACUAAGUGAGAUAAAAGAGUUUGAAGAAGAGGGAAAGACCACUAAAACAUGUCUCCUGUGUGAUAAUUGUCCAGGGGGUCUUGAAGCACUAAAUGCCCUAAAGCACUGCAAGAAGGAUAGUCUCAGACUAAAUGGAGCAGGCCGGGAUAAAUCUGAGUCUGGUAUCACUGCCCUGCUUUCAGAAGGAGGACUUUGCACCCAACCCAAGAAUCUCUUGUCCCUUCUAAAGGCCUAUUUUGCCUUAAAUGCAGAGCCUACCAAGGAUGAAAUGGCCAAAAUCUCUGACUCAGUCAGCUUGCCAGUCCAUGUAGUCAAGAAGUGGUUUGACAAAAUGCAGGAGGGUCAGAUAUCGCUGGGUGCUCCUACACCUCCCUCUGAGGAAGAGGAUACCUGUGAAGCUAAUAGUGUGGUGUCUCUGGUCCCAGAGAAGAACACUGCCACUAUGAGCCCAUCAGUUACCCAGGAUAGCCCCACAGAAGCCACCCCAGCAGAGGUCAAUGGUUCUGACAGUUCACCGACCACACUCUCACCACUAAACCUGGCAGCUGGUGGUCCUGUCCCAUCCCAGCUCUCCCAGACCACCGAGGGUCCACUUGAUCUGUCACUGCCAAAGCUUCCCAGAGAUGAAGCGGAGAAAGCAGGGACAAAGACCUGUAUUUGUCCCUCCCCUUCUUCUACCAAUGAGGAGCAACCCCUGAAUCUAACUUGCACAAAGAAAGAGGCAUCGCCACUCUCAGCCAUGGGUGGAGGCCACUCUAGCCCUGGUGCACUGUACUCCAGCCCACAAAGUGCCAACCCCAUCAAAAUUGUAACCACUCAGAUCCCCACCCUGGUGGCAAUUGCUGACCAGAGCCACAUGCCAUGUCUAAGGGCACUAAGCAGCAGCAACCAGGCUAUCCUGAUUCCCCAGCUGGCCUACACCUACACCACUACAGCAAGCAGUCCCGCUGGUACAGAGACACAGGAAACUAUCCACCUCAGUGGAAUUAAGGAGGACAAGAAGGACUCAUGCUCAGAGGCCACCUUCACCAUGGAUGAGCAGAAUGAUUCAGAUUCAGGCCCUCUGAGGAAGAAGAUGAAGAAGACAGACAGCGGUAUGUACGCCUGUGACCUGUGCGACAAGAUCUUCCAGAAGAGCAGCUCCCUGCUGAGACACAAAUAUGAACAUACAGGGAAGAGACCACAUGAGUGUGGCAUCUGCAGUAAAGCCUUCAAACACAAACAUCAUUUGAUUGAACACAUGCGGCUCCAUUCGGGGGAGAAACCUUACCAGUGUGACAAGUGUGGCAAACGCUUCUCCCACUCAGGCUCCUACUCCCAGCACAUGAACCACCGAUACUCCUACUGCAAGAAGGAGGCGCAGAGUCAUGGAGGUGGAAGAGAGAGCACUGAGGAGGACAGUGAGGCCCAGGCUGAAGUGGAGGCCCUGAGCCGGGUGCAGAGGCAGCACUCACCUCCAUCCCAGCUGGACUUGGAUGAACGAGGGAGCAGUACCAGAGAGGAUGAGGAGAGCGAAGAGGAGGAGGAAGAAGAGGAGGAAGCAGAGGAUGUGGAUGACAUCCACGUGGUGCAAAUUGGAGAUGAAGGAGGCGAUGAUGAGGAGCAGAAGAUGAAUGAGGAAGGAGUGGAAAGAGUAAUCAUUUCAAGAGGUGGGGAGGAGAAUAGUUGGGUAAAGGUGAAACAGGAGGAGGAGGCUGACAUGGGGCAAGAGCGAGCCAUCAGGAGUGACGAGGUGGAGGAGGAAGAAGAGAUGGAAGUAGACAGACAGGUGACAUCUGCACAAAUGGAAGAGAGCGAGGUGCAGGAGGCAGUCAUGGAGGAGAACGAAUCCAACAGGAAGGUGUUUGGUGAAGAGGCGAACGAGAUGUCGCAGGAGAACGGAGACACCAAUUAAAAGGAGAAGCAGGCUGUCCUCCUCAACAUGCAAUCACAUCUAAUUUGUCCCUACAGCAACUGGCACAUCGGACAAGAAAUCUGCUUGCUCUGAAUGCUGCAGGUCGCUACUGUGUAGAAUUCCAGGUGUGCCUGAAGAAAACACUUUUCCGCAGGAGAACAGUUUGAAAAAAAAAAACUCUUUGAAAGAAAACUGAGAUGAACGUGAAUCUAACCACAAAGGAAAUACAUUACACAGACUUUGGAAGCUAGAGCCGAAAUGUUUUAGAUAAUGUUUAUUACUAAAACACCUUGGGUCGUUUCUUUUUAUCAGUGUUACUAAUUUUAUCGCUCAUAUUUUAGCCUUUAAAAGCUGUACAGUUGGGAGAUAUUUCUAUACCUUUUUAUUGCCAAUGAACAAAAAGUCAGUAUUUUAUUAAGUUGAAAAUAAGAAGAAUCAUGUGCACUACAAGUGGCUUGGUUUACCUACGGAAUGAGCAGUUAUGUUGUCUACCCUUCAGUAUUACCGCAGUAGAAAUAUGACGCCAUCAUGCUAGCGGGUGUUAGCGUCACAUUUGUUUGAUUGGACUGUGAGCCUUAAGAAGAAAAAUCAGUGGAGAGGGUCUUUUCAUUGAGGGUUGGACAUGUAGUUUAAUGUUUUAAAUCUUCAGAGCAAAGGGGAUAUAGAAAACUGUACGACACCCCCCCCCACACACACACACGUAUCUCCCACCACUCCGAGCCUUAUGCAAAACAAACAAACAAAAAAGAGAAACAUGCAUAUCAAAAGUGCCAUUGUGAAUAUUGCUGUUGAAUAGCAGCUGUGAUCAGGUAUUACUGCAUCCCAAAUCUACUAACGCACCGGAAUACUGUUGACUUUGGCUUAUUUCUAAUCUCAGCAGUCGGUGACUCACAGAAUUCCAGUGCACGGCUUUUCAAAUUAAGUGUGUCUUCAGGAUAAAUAAAGUUGAUCUUUAACUUUUUCUUCAUCUUUACAAAACAUACUUUUGCAGCGCUUCUUCAGUGCACUCAUUUGUCGCCGUUAAACGCUGAGAUGUUUCUAUUAAGAAAUGGUCAUCAAAUCCCAGGAGGGGAAUUCCCACCUUUUUACCUGUCAGUAUUGUUGGUUUAUGUUCCGUGUGUACUGUAAGAUUUCAGCAGUGGCAGUAUUAGCCCCGCCCACACUCAAAUGGCUAUGUCUGUUUAGUCACAGAGAACUUUUAUAUUUAUGUGUUUUGUUUUGUUUUUUUGUAUUUCUUUAUGGUUAUUUAUUACACUCUGUAGUGUACAAUACUGUAGUUUGUAUUAAUACGAUAAUAUAUUUUAGUAUUGGCAAAAAGAUUCAAAGGAAGAUGAUGACACGCCUGUUCAAACCAGACUCCGGCAUACUGAAGUGUGUUUGUCAAACAAAUGAAACAACACUUUUCUUUUUCUUAGGGAAAAACUUAAUACACCCUGCAAGCCUGAAAAUUGAAACCUGUGACCUCUCAGCAAACAUUUUUGUGUUAGUUUAGUUUUCUUUCCCUGCUAAUAUGAAGCUACUGAACUUUUGAAAACUUAUUGUAUGUCUAAUAGCAUGAGUGUGCUGUUGUAUUGAAGGAUGAUCCUUAACCACACAAACUGUCCUUUUACCAAGCCAAAAUAAUACUGAUGUAUGUUCUUAUGUUUUUAUUUGUGCCAAUUUGUUACUUUAUGUGUCAAAACCACACCCACUUUUAUAUGCCACCCUACCCUUUUUAACACCCCAUCAGUUUUUUUUAUAGUGUUUUUUUAUUAUUAUUUUAUUUUGGUUCCUUUUUAUGACUCCCCAUCUCACAAUAAAUUGCAUCAAUUACAAA